GGACAUAAGCGUAAUUAAGUGAUAUGAACUGUACCCCUCCGGUCUCAACAAGCUACUGCAGGAAAUUAGGGUUCCAAUAUAAAUAGCAACAUAAACCCUUCUCGUUUACUCUCCAAAUCUCCCGUUUCAGAUUCAGAAACAAGACCCUCACUACGUUUUGCAGGCACGGAGAUGGCGACAGUACCGGGGCCGUUGAUAUGGGAGAUGGUGAAGAAGAACAACUCAUUCCUCGUGAAGGAGUUCGGGAGAGGAACGGCGAGCGUGCAGUUCAGCAAGGAGAGCAACAACCUCUACAACCUUAACUCCUACAAGCACUCUGGGUUGGCAAACAAGAAAACAGUUACCAUUCAGCCUGAGGGCAAAAGUCGUUCUGUGUUGCUUGCUACAACCAAGACUAAGAAACAGAACAAGCCUGUGGCUUUGUUUCACAAGUCUGUCAUGAAAAAGGAGUUCCGAAGGAUGGCAAAUGCAGUUUCAAACCAGGUUGCAGAUAACUACUACAGGCCAGAUCUAAAACAUGCUGCCCUUUCUAGGUUGAGUGCUGUGCACAGGAGCCUGAAAGUUGCCAAAUCCGGUGUCAAAAGGAGGAAUAGGCAGGCUGUGAAAGUUCCUGGUAGGAAGUGAGUUAAGAGAGCUGAUAUUAUGCCUUGCUGCCUUUCCGUUGCGUUCUUUCCCCAUGGCACAUUUUCAAUUCUUUUUUUUUUUCUGUUUCCAUCUUCGUUGUGUUGACUUCUUAUUUGGGGUGCCCACUUAGUUUUGAUAUACAAAGAGAUGUGGUUCGGCGUCUUACCCCUAAUUGUUUUGCAACACGAUAUGGUUGUUUUAUGUAGUCGAGUUUUGAACUUACCGCCAGAGAAGUCUCUGGUCCGAGCCAUACGAAAGUGCCUGCAAUAAAUGACUAAACGAUUUAAUUCA